CUACUUCAGAAUAUGCUUGGACAUUCUUGCAGUGGAAGAGCAUAGUUUAUCGUUGUACGACAACAUGAUAUAUUCAUAGAAGAUACAGAGAGAAAUGGAAAUUUGAAAGGAAUAAUAAAUUACUCAAAUUUUGUGAGUACUUUUAAUCCUGGUGGAAAUAUCGCAUGAUGUGUAGACACAAAGAGAGCUUAAGUGCAUAAAGGUAAAUACAAAUAUAAAGAUACAUUCAUUCCUCGCGUUAGUUGAUUUCACGAAGUAUGUAUGUGCUCUUUCAAUAUCGCUUUACAGCUAACAGACGGUAGCUGUAAAGAAACAUCAGCUACGAACAAAACGUUUAUUAAGAACGAUUCAUUAGAAAGACAUCAGAGAUAUGGAUUUCCAAACCGUGAAUCCUCUAAAUGUUCGGCUGAACUUGGUUUCAGGCAAUUUGUUACCUAUGACUGCCGACGGUUCGUCGUUUCCGAUAUUUUGGAAAAUAUACAGCGUUCUGGUAUGGUUACUCGAAAUAUUGCAAACAUGCGUGUUAAUUCCUGGGUGUAUUUUUGUGCCAAAAGAGAAGGCUCUAAAGGACGGUCUGAUCGGUCUUGUGGUUACCAUGGAAGUGGUAUCUGUAAUUAUACGAGUUCACACAUGUAAAGGACUGGCGCAACAACUAAUUCAGAAACUGAAUGACAUUCUGCGCGUGGGGGACGAGAUGAUGAAGAGUAUAGUAACAACGACCAUAAAAUCGAUGGAGAUUCCCCUUAAGUUUUACUGGUCGGCCGGCUUGAUGUCCAUAAUAUUGUGGAGUGGUACACCGUUAAUAUUGAUCUUUGAAAGAAAUUCCUUUUCCUACGUAGAUUACAGGAUGCCGGUUGUCUAUUCUAAAGAGCCAUUCACGACCAGUGUCUUUUUAUUUGGAAGUGUUAUCGUACUUAUGAGCAGCGCAUAUAUUUUUACAAAGAAAGUCAGCGUGGAUAGUUACAUGAUAAAUAUAAUGUUACUAAUAACGGCACAAUAUAAGUACACCGCGUUAAAAUUAUCGAUGAUAUUUCAAGAUAAAUUGCUUUAUAAUGAUCACAGCGAACCUAAUACGAAGCAAUGUCCUAAUAAAGAUUAUUACGUGGAAAAAGAAAUUAAAGCUUUAUGCCGGCAUCAUAAUACGAUUAUUCACAUAAUGGUAAUGCUAAGAAAACUGCUGUCUUCAAAUAUCAGUCUAAUAUAUAUAAUAAGCGUUUUUCGAUUCUGCUGUAUUGCUAUCAUGGUAAUUUCAAUACCAUCAAUAACUUUAUGGGAAGUAUUCCUGGUCAUUAUGUAUGCAAUCGGCGGAGUUGUGCAACUCUACAUAUUAUGUUAUUGUGUGCAACAGUUAUUAGAUGCGAGUGUUGAAAUAACGGAUUGUGCGUUUCAUGAAGAAUGGUAUCAAUAUGGAUCGUCCAUAAAACGUUUAUUUAUGUUUAUGAUAAUGGCUAAUAAUUUAGAAAUUAAACUCUCAACGUUUGAAAAGUAUAAUUUAUCUCUAUCUUCAUUUAUGGCUAUUUUAAAUCAAUCAUAUUCAAUCGCGCUGUUACUACUGAAAACUAAUUGAAAGAAAUAUUAUUGCACAGAUUGUGUACAGCAAGUAUACUUCUUAGUGUUAUAACACAAUAUAAAAAUUAUCAAAAAAGCUUGUAGGGCUACUUUUUGUCAUCCUACAAUAUAUAAUUUUAGUUCCAGUAAAAUAUUGUAUAACAUUAUUAUGUAUAAUGUAUUAAACUUAGUAAUUGGUUAGAAAUUUAAUUAAAUGGGUAAGCAAAUACUAUAACUUUAAAAUGUAGACUUUACUGUAAUAGAGUAUGUAGUAAGAAUUA